AUGGAUCGAAAAAACGAGUUCGCGACUGCGGCUCGGGACAUAAUCUUCUCUGACGGGCCUACCGCCGAGAGAGAUGAAGACCAAGACGCCGAUGCCAUCGAUGAUUCCUGCGAUGCUGAUGAGGAGAUGGUCAUGACCAAGAGAAACAUCACUCAGUUGAGAAUCCAGAAACGAAACUCCGAGGCUGGGCUUUUGAAGAAAGUCAUCCCCUUCCAUUGGGCCCCGAUGCUCUCACCUCUAACCGAGAACGACAUUGAAACCUGCGUGACACUCGAGAACGCUGCUUUGUCGGACCCGAAGCAUCGAGCAAGCAGAGAAAAGAUCGAGUAUCGCAUUCGGAAAUCCGGAGGGGUGUGCUAUGGCUUGUUCAACACAAUCAGACCCGAUGAUGCAAAGGACUGGCGGAUUGCAACUAUGAACCCUAGUCGACCCGUCGAAUCUGGACGCACCGAUCAUGCCAAGCAUGUCAUGUUCGCUCACAUCCUUGCGACACUUGGUAAACAUCCAGUCAUCACGGAUGCCGACAUGGAAUUCCCCGAACAUUGGCGAGAUCCUGUGGCCUCCAAGGGCUCACCUCUGGGCCACCAAUCGUCAGGGAGAACAGUUUGUCUCCAUUCCUGUGCUGUUUGUCCUGAGGUCCAAGGCGUGGGCAUCGGCAAGACAGCGAUGAAGGCGUAUCUUCAACUCAUAAAUGAAUCUGGAAUGGCAGAUCGGGUUGCUUUAAUAUGCCAGCCAUACUCCAUUCAAUUCUACAAGGGUUUUGGUUUCAGGGAUCUUGGCCCGAGCACAAAGGCUCUGGCUGGCCAAGGCUGGCAUGCCAUGGUCCUUGAACUAGGCGGACCGAAACCAAAGGUCAAGGAGGAACCCACUAGAGUCAAGAAAACGUAG